AUGCAGAGCACUGUCAACUACCUGUGGCACACAAAUGACCUGCUGGGGCAGGGGGCCACCGCCAGUGUGUACAAGGCCCGCAACAAGAAAUCUGGGGAGCUAGUUGCUGUGAAGGUCUUCAACAAUGCCAGCUACCUGCGACCCCGAGAGGUGCAGGUGAGGGAGUUUGAGGUCCUGCGCAAGCUGAACCACCAGAACAUCGUCAAGCUCUUUGCGGUGGAGGAGACGGGCAGCAGCCGGCAGAAGGUGCUGGUGAUGGAGUAUUGCUCUAGUGGGAGCCUGCUGAGUGUGCUGGACAGUCCGGAGAACACCUUUGGGCUGCCGGAGGAUGAGUUCCUGGUGGUGCUGCACUGCGUGGUGGCUGGUAUGAACCACCUGCGGGAGAACGGCAUUGUCCACCGGGACAUUAAGCCUGGGAACAUCAUGCGCCUCAUGGGGGAGGAGGGCCAGAGCAUCUACAAACUGACAGACUUCGGGGCCGCGCGCGAGCUGGAUGACGACGAAAAGUUCGUCUCGGUUUAUGGGACUGAGGAGUAUCUGCAUCCCGACAUGUAUGAGCGAGCAGUCCUUCGCAAGCCCCAGCAGAAGGCGUUUGGGGUGACGGUGGAUCUCUGGAGCAUUGGGGUGACCUUGUACCAUGCAGCCACGGGCAGCCUACCCUUCGUCCCAUUUGGUGGUCCGCGACGCAACAAGGAGAUCAUGUACCGAAUCACCACAGAGAAACCAGCGGGGGCCAUUGCGGGCACUCAGCGGCGGGAAAACGGGCCGCUGGAGUGGAGCUAUGCCCUCCCCAUCACCUGCCGGCUGUCGAUGGGACUACAGAGUCAGCUGGUGCCCAUCCUGGCCAACAUCCUGGAGGUCGAACAAGCCAGGUGCUGGGGCUUCGACCAGUUCUUUGCGGAGACCAGUGACAUCCUACAACGUAACAUCAUCCAUGUCUUCUCGAUGUCCCAGGCAGCCCUGCACCAUGUCUAUAUCCACGCGCACAACACGAUUGCCAUCUUUCUGGAGGCUGUGUAUGAGCAGACCAGCGUGGCACCCCAACACCAGGAGUACCUCUUUGAGGGCCACCUCUGUGUUCUCGAUCCCAGCCUCUCGGCACAGCACAUCGCUCACACCACUGCAAGCAGCCCCCUGACCCUGUUCAGCAUGGCCAGUGAGACCCCCAAGGGGUUGGCCUUCAGGGACCCUGCCCUGGACAUCCCCAAGUUCGUCCCCAAAGUGGACCUGCAGGCAGAUUACAACACCGCCAAGGGUGUGUUGGGUGCCGGCUACCAAUCCCUGCGGCUCUCACAGGCCCUGCUGGGUGGGCAGGAGAUGAUGCUUCGGGGACUGCACUGGGUGGUGGAGGUGCUCCAGACCACGUGUAGGCGGACGCUGGAGAUCACACAGACAGCCCUCUUCUUCCUUAGCAGCAGCCUGGGCACCGAGAGGUUCACCACUGUGGCUGGGGGGCCUGAGACCCAGGAGUUGAGUGGGGCCGCAGAGCUGAGGUCCAGGCUACGAACCCUGGCAGAAGUCCUCUCCAGAUGCUCUCAAAACAUCACAGAGACCCAGAUGAGCCUGAGAAACCUGAGCUCGGAGCUGGCGAAGAACCGGGAUCAGGUACAUGAGGACAGAAGCAUCCAGCAGAUACAGUGCUGUUUGGACAAGAUGUACCUCAUCUACAAACAGUUCAAGAAAUCCAGGAUGCAGCCAGGUGAGCCUCAGGGAGAGCCAAGACUCCAUUGCCUGGUGGGGGUGAAUUUUAGCCAUUUAGCCAAAAGGCUCUUGCAGGUGUUCCAGGAGGAGCGUGUACAGAAGUACCAGGCAGCCCUGGUCACACAUGGCAAGCGCAUGAGGAUGGUGCAUGAGACCAGGAACCACUUGCGCCUGGUUGGCUGCUCUGUGGCGGCCUGUAACACCGAAGCCCAGGGGGCCCAGGAGAGUCUCAGCAAGAUCCUUGACCAGAUGUCUCAUCAGCUUCUCCAGAACAGAACAGGGGAGGCUCAGGCCUCAACACCCACCACAGACCCUUAUCCCAGCCCUGCAUCAAAGGACCUGGUUCUGCACAUGCAAGAGCUUCACCAGGAGAUGAAGCUACUUGCGUUUGACCUCCAGGACAACAACCGAAUCAUCCAACGGUUAAGUAGGGUCCCCGUGGCUCCAGAUGCCUGA